AUGAAUUUCAUUCGGCUUCACAUUUCAUUCGUUUCUGCGAAACUACUAAGACCUUACCGAGACAGCAAUUUGAGUGGCAGAUUUCAAACACCAAGCCAAGUUCCUCCGCAUCCGAGUCAAGCAGGCGCCAUAAAUUUUCAGCAUCGGAGUCCAAGUAUACGAUUCAGCACGAUCUACGUCUCCGAGCCGAGGAGAAACAUACAUCAUUUUAAAGGCUACGUCUACAUUUCCUCUUUCACCAAGGCUUCUACCAUUGAAGAAAAGCCUAUGGAAAUUUCGAACAUGAUGCAGGACAGCGAUCAGGGCAUUAUGCGAAGCAGCCAAACAGGGGAAGGGCACGACCAGAUCCGACAUGGCGACGUGGAGAAAGAUCUGAACACAUCGGAAAAGGCUUCGGAUUCACCAUGGCCAGUGCACGGAUGCAAACCAGCCAUUGCCAGCACGUUUGGCAGAGUCGACCUCGUCCCUUGGCUGAGUGUUUCUUACGCUCUCGCUUCCGCUGCCUGCACCCUCCCGUGGUCUAAAGCAUAUGGCACCUAUUCAUUCAAGAAGCUCUUUAUCGGGGCGACUGUUAUGUUCAUGGGCGCCUCGGCCCUUUGCGGCGGCGCUCCAACCAUCAAUGCGUUCAUUGUUGGCAGAGCGAUAGCGGGUGUUGGGGGUGUUGGCAUGUAUAUGGGUGUCUUGAUCAUUCUAUCAAUCAACACCAGCGACAAGGAGCGGCCAAGGUACCUCUCCCUCGCCGUCUUCUGGUGGGCCAUCGGCACCGUUCUGGGUCCAGCGGUGGGCGGCGCGUUCGUGCAGAGCUCAGCCACUUGGCGGUGGGCUUUCUAUCUUCACCCGUGUGUUGGAGGCCACUGCAGCUGGCAACCGAAGCCACCAGUGGAUAGGCCACUAUCACCCUACCACUUAAACACCUACCUGGGUACCAAUGCUUACAGCUACCGUCUAAAAGGUGACCUGAUGCUCGGGUUUACCAUAACGGAACUUCAGAAGCGCUGGUAUAGGGAUCGAAAGUCUAUGCAAGAGGACUGUCAACACGAGUCAAUUAAGUGGCACGAUCGAGGUUACGCUAUGGCCCGGUACUAG